CUGCAGCCUGCUUCCAGGACAUCCACCACACACCCACGGUAACCAGAGGCCACCACCAUGACGAGGGACCAGAAUGGAACCUGGGAGAUGGAGAGUAAUGACAACUUUGAAGGCUACAUGAAGGCCCUGGAUAUUGAUUUUGCCACCCGCAAGAUCGCAGUGCGCCUGACUCAGACGAAGAUCAUUAAUCAAGAUGGUGAUAACUUCAAGACGAAAACCAACAGCACGUUCCGCAACUAUGACUUGGAUUUCACUGUUGGAGUGGAGUUUGAAGAGCACACGAAGGGCCUGGACAACCGGACUGUUAAGUCGCUGAUCACCUGGGAAGGCGAUGUCCUCGUGUGCGUGCAAAAGGGGGAGAAGGAGAACCGUGGCUGGAGGCAGUGGGUUGAAGGGGACAAGCUAUACCUGGAGCUGACAUGCUGUGACCAGGUGUGCCGUCAAGUGUUCAAAAAGAAGUGAUGGCCACGAGAGGGCCACUCCACACUCCAAGUGAAGGGUUCUUUACUGGCUUUGAGAAGCAGCCAUGGGGACCCUCCCAUUCCUGACAGAGCCCGUUAAGACAUCUGGAUGGUUUUAAACAGGAUGAAUGUGUAACAGUGACAGACAUACUCUUCCUUCUUUGAAACCUGGCAUUAAAGGAAAAAACAAAAAUCACUCUCAUACUUUGAAAUCCUUUA